UUUCUAUGUUCAUUUCCAAUUGGAAACAAAAAUGGCAAUCUUGUGCGUAGGAAUUCUCAGCGUUUUAGCUGUUAUAGUUGUCUUCGUACUUCUGUUUGUGGAUGCAACACAAGACAAACCUUUCAUUGGAUUUAUAUUCCUAUGCUUAUAUGCGAUAUUUUUAUCUCUGGCAUUAUACGUCCUUGCAAUAUAUAUGAACCCAAUAGCCGUUGUGAUUGUGUGGUGUAUUUGCCUUCUCAUAUGUGCUCGGGAUUAUUUUUCGGUUAUAAAAUCAAGACGGAUUUGACAAAAACUUUAGACGCUUAUUUUGGAUUCUUCCUGAUGGUGUUCUUUGCAGGAAUAGUUCUUGCUGGAAUCUAUUUCUUAAGAGAUAUAGAAUUUGAAGGAUAUUUCAUCAUGGGAAUUGCAUUCCUCAUACUUCUGCUUUCAUUGGUAGUUAUUAUUGGACAGGUUACAGCUUGA